UUACACUCGCAUGUUUCUAGCUCGACACAGAUUCACACACCUGUCAAGACCAGGGAAAAACAAACAAUACUUUUAUUGAACUUAUAUUUUUCAUUACUAGAAUAUUUUGUAUAUAUGUAAGUAUUCUUUUUUUAUCUUUGGAAUGUUGGCCCGCUGCUUCAUGGUCAUAACAUUCCUGGCUGUGUCGACCUGUCCCGGGAUAUCAGGACGCCCCAACGUCCUGAUGGUGGCACCCACCAUCAGGGUAGACGGUCACCCACAGGCGGUGGUGACUAUCAAGUGCGGUGAUGGCGGCAAGGCAGCAGGUGUGGUGGUGUACUGGCACACCCCCUUCGGACCCUUCCACUCACCAGGCCUCCACACAGAACUGAACCCGAUCCACAUGCGCCAGGACGGCAGUCUGGUGGUCCACAAUCUGAGCGACCUCCACCAGGGUUUGUAUUACUGCCUGCUGCAGCAUGACGACAGGGGGUCCACGCUGUUCCCCUACGAGCUACACAUGCAGGCAAAAGAUGGCGAACGUGGUCCGAGGUCCAGGAGGGCCCUGGGGAAACAGGAAGCGGUUUCUGAUGAAGUGUUUGUAGCAGCCGUGACGACGGCGGUGCUGCUCACCUUUGUGUUUGGGUUCAGCGCAGGAGCUCUGAGCAGGACGCCUCUUCUCAGAUGUUUGAGGGCGAUCACUAAGCGACGACGAUCACCACGGCAACGCCGCCCUGACAUUACUAUGACGACGCUCACCAACUGUCCUUCAUCGCCAUCCUCACCAUCACCAUCAUCAUCAUCAUCAUCCUUAUGUCCACCUGCCAAACCUCAGAGAAGUUUCCGGGACAAACGGAGCCAGGAUGAGAAGGGGGAAGACAAUCCCGCUGCCGCCUACCUGGAAACCUGCGACCACGUGGAUGACGAGAAAGGAAGAAUAGCAUUAAGAGGAGGAAGUAAAGGUGAAGAGGGGAGGAGGUGGAGAAGCAUGGAGGAAGAGAAGCAUGAUGGGAUGAUGGAGAAGAAUGAGAAGGAAGAUGGAGAUGAAAAUAUAAUCAGUCAGUCUUCACAAUCAGACAAUGACAAUCAAAACCAGGAAGUAGAAUCAUUUCCUCGCCCCCGCCUGAGUCGGGUCAUCCGCGUUUAUCAGUAUGACCAAGAUGGCCGCCGUUACAGCCACCUCCCCGACCCUGAGCCGGGCCCCACCGCCAGAACCAAGCAGCGCUCAAUCUCCCUAUCCCACCUCAACGCCAUCAUGGACGCCGCCUCAGCGGGGCCCAUGGACACCCCACCCCUCCCAAAAGACACUCUUUGACAUAAAGUUUGAAAUCAGGUCAGACACUCUUGAGACACUUAUAAUCUAUUUGAUCAAUCAAAUUAAAAGACAAACUGACUAAUAUGCAUUCUCAAACAAAAACGUAAUUAAAUAUAUUUAAUAUUCCAAUUCUUUUACAACCAGAUUAGACUAAAUUAGAAUCUAAAAAAAUGAAUCUUGCUGUUGACUUAAUAAAAAAAAUAACAUCCAAAUCA